AUGUUGUCCUCUAUAUCAUCCUAUUUAUCACCAAUUUUUUUGGUCAUCAUUAUCAUCACAUUAUGCAAAGGUGACCAAACCUACCUGAGCUCAUCAUCGGAAGCGUAUUUAUCAUCAUCUAAUAAGCAUCACUCGUCAUCACUUCCUGGACCAGUGUUGGCAUCUUUAGGCCAAUUCAAAUGUCCGGAACAGUUUGGCUAUUAUCCGGAUAUAACAAAUUGUACCAAAUAUUUUGUAUGUGUUUUCGGGGAACCCUUACACGAGACCUGUACGGGUGGUCUGUAUUUUUCAUCGGAACUCCAAACCUGUGACUGGCCUAUCAAUGUCCGGUGCGCUACCGAUAACAUUAAAAACUAUUCGAGUGAUAACGUUGAAGACAGUCUACCAGUAUUUCAGGUCUUCACCGAACAGGAGGACAGUCGUAGACUAGAGUACAAGCCUGAGUCAAAUGACAGGUCGUCACUCAAAGACAAAGUUAUAGUUAAUAAACACAACGACAACAGUGAUAGACAACGAUUUGAUUAUAAAACCAUUGAGACGGACGCAGAGUUUUCCAGUAAGAAAUUAGUGACCAAUCGGCCCACACAUCAAGGAGGCUAUGGUCAACAUAUCCGCCAAUAUCUGACCACAACUACCACCACAACAACUGAAGCUCCAGUAGAAUGGGAUGUGAUUUACUUGAAGACUGAACUGAUGGACGAAAAUGGCCGGGAGUUUGGUGGACGUCAGGACAACAAAUCGGAAAACAAUUUUCACAGCAAUAAAGUCGUCGUCAAGGAUGACCUCCAAAAUCCUGAGUAUGAAGAGGAAGCCAUCGCAUCGUAUAUGGAUGAAAAUGGAGGAAUACACCUACACGAUGGACCGGGAGGUCUAUAUGGACUCGUGCCACCAGAAACCGUAUCUGAUCAUCACAUCUCUGUGUUCAGUAGGCCAGCCAUUCAGGAUAAUAAGGAAAAACCAGUUCAUAGUAAAGAUAAGGCUGUUGUUGGCACAGGUAUGCGAAAGGAGCAAAUGUAUGAUAAGGACUAUCAUCAACAGCAACAACAACAACGAAAUCGUGGCUCAAAAGUAGUCCAUUUUGACGACGACAUCGAGUCGGAGGGUGUUAUCAUUGAUAAACUGAGGACAGAUAUAUCAAGUCAUCAUCGUAUGGGCUCAGGUAUAACUAUCAGCCGGUCUAUUGCUGAACCAGAGAUAAGAUUUGUUACCACAAGAGAAGAAGUUCUAUUAUCACCGCAAGUCGUUUCAUCGACAACGACAACAACGACUACAGCCCCACCACAUCCAGCACUAGUAGCCCAACAACCAGAUAUUAUGUCAGAACCAUUUGUCAUACAAAAGAUAGAUCUUAAGCGCAAUACUAACAAUAAUAUGACAGCAAAUACAACUAAUGAGAGAUCAAAAUCUAUGAGAGAUAUGACACUAAUUAGCAAAUUAAACAAAAAUAAUAGUAUCAAUAAUAACACUAAUAAAGGUUUUAUCACAAGUGUUAGCUACCAGACCUCAGCAUCGGUAGUAAUGCCACGCAUACCCCGAUUCUAUCAACAACAUCAACAACCAGUUAGUCGUCAAAAAUAUCACAAAAUAAAUGUCCAAAAGUUUACUGAUUUGAAUCCUUUAGUCAAAUACAUUAAGACUUUGGACUCGGAAGUCAGGUUAGAACCAUUGACUUUCCUGCCACUCAACUAUACCCACCAAUUGGUCACUGGUCAGAGUAUACCGAAACAGCCUUAUGUUAAAAUACCUGAACCUCCAGUGGCUUCUACUCCGCCCACAGUAUUUUACUCAUACCGAAGCAGCGAUACGACCAGAAAAACUACUACCACUACUCCGAUGCCUAAUAAUAUUACCCAAUAUAGACGUCCAGCUCUAUUACAACCGUCUGUCUAUACAACAACAACAACAACAUUUAGUUCAGUUGUCAAUCAUUUACCAAUUAAUGAAUUACAAACAGCAAACAAUCGGCCGUUAAUUGUAAAUACUCUGAAAAGCUCGGCACAGACACCUGUUGAACCUGUGCUGUCGGCAGCAUCGGUACGACCAUCUUCUAACGCUUUGCCCGCCGCAUAUGAUUCCUAUACGAUGGCCACCAAAUGCUUGGAGAAGUCAUGUAGACCGCCUAACUGUCAUUGCAGUGGAACUGAUAGUCCAGAUGGACUAUUACCAACAACAAUACCGCAAAUUAUAAUGAUAACGUUUGAUGAUGCAAUCAAUGAUGUCAAUUGGCAUAUCUAUGAGGAGAUCUUUCAACCGCAUCGGACUAAUCCAAACGGCUGUCCCAUUCGGGGCACGUUUUAUGUGUCGCACGAAUGGACCGAUUACGGACAGGUACAGACACUGUACUCCCGGGGCCACGAAAUGGCAUCGCAUUCAAUAACACAUAGUUUCGGCGAAAAGUUCACCAAAAGUCAAUGGAUUAAAGAGAUUAAUGGCCAGAAAAAUAUACUCCACACUUAUGGCGGUGUAGAGCUCCGGGACAUACGUGGUAUGAGAGCGCCGUUCCUACAGAUCGGUGGUAAUAAACAGUUUGAAAUGUUAUAUGAAAUGAACUUUACAUACGACUCAUCGAUGUCCAUCUUUGACAAUUCACCGCCUUAUUGGCCAUACACAUUGGACUAUGCUAUUGGACACGAAUGUAUGAUAACUCCCUGUCCCACAAAGUCAUUUCCAGGUCUUUGGGAAAUCGGUUUAGUCAUGUGGCAGGACUUGAAGGGUGGCCGGUGUUCAAUGGGUGACGCCUGUAGUAAUCCGAUGGAUGAGUCGGGUGUUUACGACAUGAUUAUGAAAAACUUUGAUCGCCACUAUCGGUCCAAUCGGUCGCCAUUCGGCCUAUUCUAUCACUCGGCCUGGUUUAACACCCGACACCAUUUGUCGGGUUUUUUGAAAUUUAUAGACGAAGUACGCAAACUUGAGGAUGUCUAUUUUGUGACCAAUUGGCAGCUCAUACAGUGGAUGAAAGAUCCGACACCACUGUCUCGUAUACGAAAUUUUAAGCCCUGGAUGUGUCAGCCCAAUGAGGAUAGCCCUCCACCGACUCCAUGUCUCAACCCGACGGUGUGCAACGUAUCCUUCAAAAAGGGUUCUCGAUUUUUCAAGACAUGUCAGCCCUGUCCAGAUGAGUAUCCAUGGCUCGGAGCUACCAGUUCUUCCACCAGUAAACGCAGGAAUUGA